AUGAGCGGGUUGAGCAAGGAAGAUGUGCAAAAGUUCCUGGACACCAAUCCUGCAUUUGCCAAGCAGUACUUUGACAAGAAGAUCCAACCACAAGCAAUUGCUAAAGAAUUGUCCAGAGCCCAGCCUCCUGCCAAAUCCAUGAAUUUUAAGGAGCUCAGUCAGGUGGAAGAGAGCGAGAUUCUCUUUGAUCUCAUCCAAGACAUGCAUGAAAAUGUAAGCAUGGAGAAAGUGGUAUUUAAAACUUUGCAAAGGAUCAGCUUCCUGAUCCACGCAGACCGAAUGAGUCUGUUCAUGUACAGACAGAGGAAUGGCAUAGCAGAGAUAGCCACCAGGCUCUACGAUGUCAACAAGGAUGCAGAUUUUGAAAGCUGUUUGGUGCCACCGGAAUGUGAGAUUGUUUUCCCCCUGGAUCUUGGCAUUGUAGGAAAUGUGGCCCAAACUAAGAAAAACGUCAAUAUCCACAAUGUAAAUGAGUGCAGCUUCUUCAGUAGUUUUUCCGAUCAAUUGACUGACUACACUACAAGAAAUUUAUUGGCCAGCCCCAUAAUGAACGGCAAAGACGUUGUUGCUGUGAUCAUGGCCGUAAAUAAAAUAGAUGGUCCUUAUUUUAAUGAAGAAGAUGAAGAUCUUUUUUUGAAAUACCUCAACUUUGCCACCUUGAACCUCAAAAUUUUUCAUCUGACCUAUCUUCAUAGCUGUGAAACGCGAAGGGGCCAGGUUCUCCUAUGGUCAGCCAACAAAGUAUUUGAGGAAUUGACAGACAUUGAGCGACAGUUUCACAAGGCCCUAUACACAGUGAGAGCCUAUCUGAACUGUGAAAGAUACUCAGUAGGACUUCUAGAUAUGACUAAGGAAAAGGAAUUUUUUGACCUGUGGCCUGAGCAGAUGGGGGAGGUGCCCCCUUACCAAGGUCCAAGAACACCUGAUGGCAGAGAAAUAAGCUUUUACAAAAUCAUUGACUACAUUCUGCACGGGAAAGAAGAAAUCAAAGUCAUUCCGACCCCUCCUGCUGACCACUGGGCCCUAAGCAGUGGCCUACCUACCUAUGUUGCAGAAAGUGGUUUUAUCUGCAACAUCAUGAAUGCAGCAGUCGAUGAAAUGUUUCAAUUUCAGAAAGAAUCAUUUGAUGAGACAGGGUGGGUUAUCAAAAAUGUCCUCUCGAUGCCAAUAGUAAACAAGAAGGAAGAAAUUGUUGGAAUAGCUACAUUUUACAACAGGAAGGAUGGCAAACCAUUUGAUGAAAUGGACGAAGUCCUCAUGGAAUCCUUGACGCAGUUCCUCGGCUGGUCUGUUCUCAACACAGAUACGUACGAUAAAAUGAACAAACUGGAAUUCCGGAAAGACAUUGCGCAAGGAAUGGUGCUGUACCAUGUGAAGUGCAGCAAUAAAGAAAUUCAGAACAUAUUGCCAACGAGAGAAGUUUUCAAAAAGGAACCGCAUGAAUGUGACGAAGAUGAGCUACAAGAAUUACUGGAUCAAGCGCUCCCGGAUCCUAAGGAAUUUGAAAUCUAUGAAUUCAGAUUCAGUGAUUUGGAACGCACAGAGCUGGAACUUGUGAGGUGUGGCAUUAGGAUGUAUUACGAGAUAAAAGUUGUGAACAAAUUCCACAUUCCUCGAGAGGUAUUAGUGCGCUUUAUAUACAGUUUAAGUAAAGGAUACCGAAAAAUCACCUACCACAACUGGCGCCAUGGGUUCAACGUUGGACAGACCAUGUUCAGUCUUCUGAUGACUGGUAAACUGAAACGCUACUACACAGACUUGGAAGCACUCGCCAUGUUAACCGCAGCAUUUUGUCAUGAUCUCGAUCACAGAGGAACUAACAAUUUAUAUCAAUUGAAAUCCCAGCACCCACUGGCAAAACUUCAUGGAUCCUCGAUUCUGGAACGUCACCACUUGGAGUUCAGCAAGACCUUGCUUGAAGAUGAGGAUUUGAACAUCUACCAGAAUUUGAACAGGAGGCAGUAUGAAAAUUGCAUUCACUUGAUGGAUAUUGCAAUCAUUGCUACAGACUUGGCCCUCUACUUUAAAAAGAGGACAAUGUUUCAAAAGAUUGUUGACCUCUCCGAAACUUAUGAAGAUGAAGCAAAAUGGGUGGAUUUCCUGUCGCUGGAGACAACCAGGAAAGAAAUUCUCAUGGCCAUGAUGAUGACGGCGUGUGAUUUGUCUGCCAUCACUAAACCCUGGGAGGUUCAGAGUAAGGUGGCACUCUUAGUAGCGGCUGAAUUCUGGGAACAGGGUGACUUGGAAAGGACUGUAUUGGAACAGCAGCCUAUUCCUAUGAUGGACAGGAAUAAAUCCGCUGAACUGCCUAAGCUUCAAUGUGGUUUCAUCGACUUUGUGUGCACAUUUGUGUACAAGGAAUUCUCACGCUUUCACAGUUCUAUCCAGCCGAUGCUCGAUGGUAUUCUCAACAACAAGAAGGAAUGGAAGGCUCUUGCCGAUGAAUAUGAGGCCAAAGUAAAGACUGCAGAGGAGGCCAAGCAGAAAGCAGCAGGAGCAUCAGGAGCCAAGAAAGCUGGUUAAUAAAGCAUAGCUCAAAUAUGUGAUAUUUGAA